UUCCCGCCCACUAUUUUCCCUGUUUUUCAAUCGAUUUUACUUGAAAAAACACACACAAAUUAUUCUCUCUCUCUCUCUCUCUCUCUCUCUCUCUACAUAUAUAUAUAUACACACACACAAACACACACAUUAUAUAUAUAUAAUCAUUAUAGAAGUAAAUUCCAAACAAGUUCAAAGGAGUUUCAUCAGUUGUGUAUUGAACCAGAAAUGGGGAUUCAGAUGGAAUCGACGACUGACGAGUUCAUGACCACCGAUUCCGAGUCAACUCCCUCGAGAUCCACAACUCCGAGGUUAUUCAUCAAAGAAAUGGUCAUGAGGAACUUCAAAUCAUACGCCGGUGAACAGCGCGUUGGCCCUUUCCACAAGAGCUUUUCGGCUGUGGUUGGUCCCAACGGAAGUGGGAAGAGCAAUGUGAUUGAUGCUAUGCUAUUUGUAUUUGGAAAGAGAGCCAAACAGAUGCGUCUUAAUAAAGUUUCGGAGCUUAUCCAUAAUUCCACCAAUCACCAGAAUCUGGACACUGCUGGUGUCUCUGUUCACUUUCAGGAGAUAGUUGAUACGGAUGAUGGGAUGUAUGAAGCCGUUCCGGGAAGUGAUUUUGUUAUAACCCGUGUUGCAUUUAGAGAUAAUUCCUCCAAGUACUACAUAAACGACCGUGCGAGUAAUUUUACUGAGGUUACCAAGAAAUUGAAGGGAAAAGGAGUGGACUUGGACAAUAACCGUUUUUUGAUUCUUCAGGGUGAGGUUGAGCAGAUAUCACUGAUGAAGCCAAAGGCUCAAGGACCCCACGAUGAAGGUUUCCUUGAAUAUCUUGAGGAUAUAAUUGGAACUAUUAAAUAUGUUGAAAAGAUUGACGAAUCCCAUAAAGAGCUAGAAGCCCUUAAUGAGAGAAGGUCUGGGGUGGUGCAGAUGGUUAAGCUAGCAGAGAAAGAAAGAGAGAGCUUGGAGGGUGUGAAGAAUGAAGCAGAAGCCUACAUGCUGAAGGAGUUGUCAUUGCUGAAAUGGCAAGAAAAAGCCACAGAACUGGCUUCUGAAGAUACUAGUUCCCGAAUGUUGGAAACACAGGCAAAUGUGUCCAGCUUGGAAGAAAAUCUAAAAAGUGAAAGGGAGAAGAUUCGAGAAAAUAACAAAACAUUGAAGGAACUUGAGGCUUUGCAUAUGAAGUAUAUGAGGAAACAAGAGGAUCUCGAAAGUGGUCUCAGACGUUGUAAGGAUGAGUUCAAAGAGUUUGAAAGGCAGGAUGUUAAACACCGGGAAGAUUCAAAGCACAUGAAACAGAAGAUUAAGAAACUCGAGGAGAAACUUGAAAAGGAUUCGUCGAAGAUAAAUGAUAUCACAAAAGAGUGUGAAAAGUCAACUAAUUUGAUUCCACAGCUGGAGGAAAAGAUUCCUAAAUUGCAAAAACUUUUGUUAGAUGAGGAGAAAGUCUUGGAAGAAAUUAAGGAGAACUCUAAAGUUGAAACCGAGACAUUCCGGGCUAAGCUUACAAAAGUUCGUACUGAAUUAGAACCUUGGGAAAAGCAAUUGAUAGAGCACAAGGGAAAACUUGAAGUUGCUUGUACUGAAAGCAAACUUUUGAAUGAGAAGCAUGAAGCUGGGUGUGCUGCUUAUGAGGAUGCUCAAAAGCAGAUGAAUGACAUACAAGAAAAGAUUAAAACAAAGACUGCAGGUAUCACAAAUAUUCAGAGUAAUCUAGAGAAAAACAAGCGUGAAGCAUUGGAGGCUCGUAGAACUGAACAAGAAUGCCUUAAAGAACAAGAAGCUUUGAUUCCUGUUGAACAAACUGCAAGACAAAAGGUCACAGAGCUUUUGUCUGUUAUGGAUUCUGAGAAGAGCCAGGGAUCCGUCUUGAAAGCGAUAUUACAAGCUAAAGACUCAAACCACAUACAGGGAAUUUAUGGUCGAAUGGGCGAUCUGGGUGCUAUUGAUGCAAAAUAUGACGUUGCCAUAUCAACAGCAUGUCCUGGUCUUGAUUAUAUUGUGGUGGAAACAACUGGUGCAGCACAAGCAUGUGUGGAGUUACUUCGUAACAAAAAACUUGGUGUUGCAACGUUUAUGAUUUUGGAGAAGCAAGUUGACCAUUUACCUAGAUUGAAGGAGAGAGUAAGCACUCCCGAGGGAGUUCCACGCCUAUUUGAUUUGAUUAAAGUUCAAGAUGAGAGAAUGAAACUUGCUUUCUUUGCAGCAAUGGGGAAUACAGUUGUAGCGGAAAAUAUUGAUCAGGCUACACGUAUUGCAUAUGGUGGAAGCAGAGAUUUUCGGCGCGUAGUAACACUUGAUGGUGCUCUUUUUGAAAAAUCUGGUACUAUGAGUGGUGGAGGAAAUAAGCCACGAGGUGGCAAGAUGGGAUCAUCAAUCCGAGUGACAAGUGUUUCUGCAGAAGCUGUUGCAACUGCUGAGAAAGAGCUUUCUGCAAUGGUUGAUAAAUUAGGUAGCAUACGUCAAAGAAUUGCUGAUGCAGUGAGGCAUUACCAUGCCUCAGAAAAACUAGUAUCAAAUUUGGAGAUGGAAUUAGCCAAAAGCCAGAAAGAGAUUGACAGUUUGAAUUCACAAUAUGUUUAUCUUGGAAAACAACUUGAUGCCCUGAAGGCUGCAUCUGAACCGGGGAAGGAUGAGCUUAGUAGGCUGGAGGAACUCAGAAAAACUAUUUGUGCAGAAGAAAAAGAGAUAGAGAGGCUUGCACAAGGGUCAAAAGAGCUGAAGGAGAAGGCUUUGGAACUACAGAGCAAAAUAGAGAAUGCAGGUGGUGAAAAAUUGAAAAAACAGAAGUCGAAAGUUAACAAGAUUCAGUCUGAUAUUGAUCAAAGCAGUACAGAGAUCAACCGCCACAAAGUUCAAAUAGAAACAGGUCAGAAAACGAUAAAGAAAUUAACAAAGGGGAUUGAGGAUUCGAAGAAGGAGAAAGAUCGAGUUAUUGCUGAGAAGGAGAAGCUACUUUCCACCUUCAAAGAGAUAGAACAGAAGGCUUUUACGGUUCAAGAGAAUUAUAAAAAAACACAGGAGCUAAUCGAUCAACACAAGGAUGUGCUGGAUAAAGCAAAAAAUGACUAUGAAGAGCUGAAGAAAACUGUGGAUGCAUUAAGGGCAUCUGAGGUUGAUGCCGACUACAAGUUACAAGAUCUGAAAAAGGUCUGCAAGGAGCUAGAAAUGAAGGGAAAAGGAUACAAGAAAAGACUUGAUGAUAUGCAUGUUGCUCUUUCAAAGCAUAUGGAACAAAUUCGAAAAGACUUAGUGGACCCUGAAAAGCUUCAAGCAACAUUGGCAGAUGAAACUCUUACUGGGGCUUGCGACCUAAAAAGGGCCCUUGAAAUGGUGGCACUGCUGGAAGCACAACUGAAAGAGAUGAAUCCGAACCUUGAUUCAAUCUCAGAAUACCAGAAGAAAGUGUCCUUGUACAAUGAACGAGUGGAGGAUCUUAACUCAGUAACCCAACAGCGUGAUGAUAUAAAGAAGCAAUACGAUGAGUGGAGAAAGAAAAGGUUAGACGAGUUUAUGGCAGGAUUCAACACAAUAUCGUUGAAGUUGAAGGAAAUGUAUCAGAUGAUCACACUUGGAGGUGAUGCAGAACUUGAGCUAGUAGAUUCUCUGGAUCCUUUUUCUGAAGGUGUUGUUUUCAGUGUCAGACCGCCUAAGAAGAGCUGGAAGAACAUUGCAAACUUAUCAGGUGGUGAAAAGACUCUCAGCUCUUUAGCUCUUGUUUUUGCGCUUCACCACUACAAACCUACCCCACUCUAUGUAAUGGAUGAGAUUGAUGCUGCUUUGGAUUUCAAGAAUGUUUCAAUUGUGGGACAUUAUGUGAAAGACCGUACAAAGGAUGCACAGUUUAUAAUCAUAAGCCUUAGAAACAACAUGUUCGAGUUGGCAGAUCGGCUUGUCGGAAUUUACAAAACUGAUAAUUGCACUAAGAGCAUUACCAUCAACCCUGGAAGUUUUGUGGUUUGUGAAAAAGCUGCAUAGGAAGUCUGCAACUUUAGAGGUGGAUUGAAGUUCAGUCAUGUAACAAUUAUUUUUAUUUCUUUUUUGGUAGUCUGUGAAUUCCAAAGAUACGUGGAGCUUGUGAAUAUCAAUUGUAUAUUUAUUUUGAUACUGUUAUGAAUAUAAUUGUUGUCUAUAGCAUGAUUAUGAUCAAGUAUUACUGCAUACUUUGAUUGUUCAGUUGCUAAGAUUAUUAUUGUAAGAGGUUUAUUUGUUA